AUGGAUCGCUUGCGAAGAUCCAAAUCUGCGCGCUCCGUCCGGCGAAGCCACCGCAGCUCCGUCUCCAGCGACACCUCCGAUCCUGUUGUUGCGCGACAACACGCCACGACAGCUGCCUCUCUCGCGAUGUUGCGCUCCAAGUGCUCUUAUGACGCUCUGGGCGGCCCUGAAAGCAUGGCAGUACCCUCCAGGAGACACCGAUAUACUAGAUCACGGCAAAACGCAAGCAAUGUCCCCGUCGACAGCGUACCUUCUCGCCCCUCAGUCACCACGGACUCCAGCACACACGAUGAGGACUACACGUCUGCGACGCUGCCUUCCAUAAGCGAGUUCCAAGGGUUUGACAGCCAAGACUAUUUUUUGCCCUCGUCUUAUAGACGUCUGCGCAAGUCGCGGUCCAUGUUUUCCAUGUUUUCCACUGGACAACGUUGUUCACGCAUGUCUCACGGACUUUCCUCCCCCUUGAACGAUACUACGACUAGUGAGGGCGAUCAAACCUCGCGAAUGACACGCACUUAUGGCACCUUGCGGCGUUCAAUGUCUUUUCUCCGCGGAGAAAAGCCGUCGGCUGGUCCGCUGCGCCAUGUGCAGAGUCAUGACACAGCAAUCGACCUGGCGCGCAAUCAGUUUCAGCAGCAGUCGGCCGACGACUCCCCUCAGACGGAACAGCCGCGGCUGUCUGUUCCUAAGACUCGUCGAGAGCAUAGAGCAUUCAGGAAAACGCUUCGUCCGACCACAUCAGCUGCGGCUGCUGCCGGCACGCCUUCGGCUCCUCAGUCCAGAAGCGUUCACUCUUAUGGAAAAGCGAGAUCUCUCUCUUCGUCCAUCAAGAAAGGAAUCAAGAAGGUCUUGGGUCUUGCAAGACCAUCUGCGGGCGAGGUCGAGGCGCAGGGGAUUUCUUCAUCCUGCCAGAACAAAACACGGACGAGUGCCAACGAACUGAGCACUAGCUGGUUAACGCACAGCCCCCACACCCCACUCACGACUCAUAUAGAAGCCAAUGUACACACGAAGCAGUAUCCAGCAGCCGAGGUUGCCGAAAGCUCAGAAAGCUUGGCUACGAGCCGCUCUCGCGUAACAAGCUGGGCAGACUCGACCGUUGCCAAUACUAUUGUGACCGGCAACAUUGGUGGUCGAAGCCAUUUGUCGGUAAUCGAAGAGAAAGUUCAUUCGGAACAGACCCUUGCAGGGGCUCCGUCCUAUGAAAACAGCCCCAUCUCCCACGGUAGCCCUGUCAAGCCAACCAGCAAGAUUGACAGCCAACGAUUGUAUUCCGCUUUGAUGAGAAGGAUUGUCGAGGGCAAAGCACCGAAUGCAAGCGAAAGCAUUGACAUUGGUCAUGUCAAAGAGCAUCGCAUCGUCCCAACGCCUGCUGCCUCGGUAGCUGUGCGUCAUAAUGGGCAGACCGUUCGUAUGAUUCCGAGUGAUGAAUCCAUCCCAUCAUCCAAGUCCUUCAUCACUGCGAAUGCCGGUACGGUGACUCCGCCGCGGCGGUCACAGUGUCCUACUCAAUGCCUACCAGAGUCCUCCUGUCCUGGCAAGAAUCGGAUGAGCACCUCCUUGAUCUCUGGUAACAAGAGCAUUGCACUCUCAAGGGCCAGCAAACCGCCUAUCGAGAUAGCCACCGGCCACCUAGGCACCCCCGACCAUCAGAGUCCGGACGCAGCUUCCGACUCUCCCAGUGUAUAUUCAUGCUCCACCGGCGGCAAAUCGCUCGAUCCAAGCAACGGCGAGGUUUCCUCCCAACUCCCCGACGAGCCAGGAACGGCUACAAUCUACGACACUCACCGAGCCACCUACAGCUCCCCAAAGUUCUAUCCGGAGAUUCAAACACGUCGAGCAUCGGCCCGGCCAAGCGCGGACUGGAAGCAAUGGAUGCACACGGAGAUUGCGAAGAUUGAGAAUCUCAACCCCAUCCAAUUUCACUAUCGCGAGAAUGCACAAAUCCAAAGCGACGAGGACGAUAUAAUCUGUCAAGCUUCCACUUGCUGGAUCGAGAGAGCUCAAGGAGGUGUUUUCAGCGACGAUGAUAUGUGGUCGGAUCGCAAGAUCACUUCGACUAGCAACUUUUCACGUCCCUUUAGCCGGUCGUCAAGUGUUCAAACAGUAGUAACCACAAAGAAAGACCAGAAUGACGUACCGGUACGCCCGCCGCUGCCCUCCAGACCGAUAUCUCCAAGCUCUACCUACCAUGCGGGCAACUAUGGCCCCUUCCAGAGUCAAAACAAUUCUCGCAAGGAAAGUUUUGCAAUGUCGCCCAUGCAGACAAUUCCAACCAACCGCUUCCGCAUGCCUGAGUCACCCACACCACGAAGAGACAAAUCCGGGGUAUCAUCUCAGAAGAUGGCGAGUGCCACGUACGGCAGACAUCCGGCCAGGUGUCCCCCUGCAGCACGAGAUUCCAAGUCCCUGCAUAAUUGGACGGGUCGAGGAUAUCGCGACCACCGACAGCUGACCAAUGAGAACAUGAAAGUUGAGAGCGACUAUCAUGACAUCAAGGGUCAAGAUACUCCAUCGCCGAAUUCAUGCUCGCCAAUAUCGAGCAAGCGUAUGGUGGAGAUGUUUUUGGAGAGCCGACGACGCCGGGCUGGGGUGGAAGCGACUGAUGGGGGUGCUGUGAGUGCCUUCAUCUAG